AUGUCUCUCCCCGACUUUUCUAACGCCGACGUUCUUAACCAGUUCAACACUUUCCUUGCGGACAAGUCUUUUGUUGAUGGUAACGAGCCCACGCAGGCCGAUGUUGCCGCUUUCGAGGCGAUCUCUUCGCCCGUUGAUGCUGGCAAGUACCCCAACGUGAGUCGCUGGUCCGAACACAUCAAGUCGUACGAUGCCGCCGACCUCCCCGGUGACAAAGCCAAGGCUGCAGAACUUCUGAAGUUCGGCUCCGACGAUGAUGAGAUCGAUCUCUUCGGUUCUGACGAGGAGGAGGACCCCGAGGCUGAGCGCAUCAAGGCCGAGCGUGUGAAGGAAUACGAGGCACGCAAGGCCCAAAAGCCCAAGACUAUUCAGAAGAGUGUCGUUACCUUUGAUGUGAAGCCUUGGGACGACGAGACCGACAUGAAGGCGCUCGAGGAGGCUGUCCGUGGGGUUGAAAUGGACGGUCUCGUUUGGGGUGCUAGCAAGCUCGUACCCAUUGGAUACGGUGUGAGCAAGCUCCAGAUUACCCUUGUCGUUGAAGACGAGAAGGUCUCUAUGGAGGAGCUCCAAGAGUGCGUCCAGGACAUUGAGGACUACGUUCAGUCUUCUGACAUUGCUGCUAUGCAGAAGCUUUAA